AAUUCUCUUCUGACUUUACCUUUGCAGACUCAACAGCUCUUCAAAAAAUUUUAACCGAGAGAUCUCAAGGUUACGUCAACAAUGUGUCAAACUGGUUUGGGAUGAAGAUUUGUUUGACGGAAUGGAUUUUUGAUAACAAUUUGAUAAAGAUGAUAAUUUGAUACUGUACGUUGUGAGAAUAAUUUCGAUAGUUACAUCGCUUCCUAACAUAAUCGUGUGUUAAAAUAGUGAGCACAAAAGAAAGCCAGAAAAUGAUCCCUGGACUUAAGCUGUACUAUGAUCUAAUGUCGCAACCAUCAAGAGCGCUUUAUAUAUUCUUGUCGAUGAACAAAGUUCCCUUCGAACGAUGUCCGGUAGCGCUGAGAAAACUUCAACAUAAAACAACCGAAUACAAAACGAAUGUUAACCGAUAUGGUAAAGUGCCUUGCAUUGUGGAACCGGACUUCCGGCUUGCAGAGAGCGUCGCUAUUUAUCGAUAUCUGUGCCAAAAGUAUCGAGUAUCAUCUUACUGGUAUCCAGAAGACACCGUACGUCAGGCACGCGUCGAUGAAUAUCUCGCCUGGCAGCAUUUGAAUAUACGCGCAGACAUAUCCUUGUACUUUUUCCACGUUUGGCUAAAUCCGCUGCUGGGCAAGGAAGUAAAUGCCGACAAGACGGAACGUUUGCGUCAGCGUGUCGACAAUGGGUUGAAUUUUUUCGAACGAACUUUACUAUGCAACGGCAAACAGCCAUUUCUCACUGGUGAUUGCAUUAGCAUCGCGGAUCUGUCGGCGGCUUGUGAGAUUGAACAAGUUAAAAUAGCAGGAUACGAUCCUUGCAGUGGCAGACCUCAUCUAAACACAUGGAUGAAUGCUGUGCGGGAUUUCACAAAUCCGUACUACGACGAAGCGCAUAAAUUCGUUUAUCGACUGGCACCGGAACAUAUUGCUACUCCUGCUGUACUUGAUGAUGACUGAUUUGGUUGCCAUCACCCGUUUGGACAUUGUUUGAUAUUGACCUCUAGGAUCUUGCACAAAAAUUGAGCAAUUUUUAAAAUAACAUUUCAUUUAUUAGACCCUAGAAAAUCUAUAUUCCAACAAAUUAUAUAGUCGUGGUGAUAAUUUAUCUUAUUAAAAAGGUAAAAUAAAAGUGGGUUUUGGUUUUUAAAUGGUUUUAAA